AUGGUCAAGAUUGCCAAACCCUUCGUCACUAAUGCCGAUGACUCUCCUGCCUAUUGGCAAAUCGGAAACCUCUGGCAGGUCAUGGCAACUGGGGUUCAGACUGAUAAUGCAUUUACGCUUCUAGAUCAAAUUGUUCAUGAUGGCGGAGGAGGAGGUCCGGUGACUCAUACUCAUUCGCAAGACGAGGGUCUCUAUGUUAUCUCAGGCAGAUGUACUUUCAACGCUGGAGGUCAUCAAGGCCUUCCAGGAUCUCCCGGCACGUUCGUUUCCAUUCCCGGCAAUACUGAGCACUCCUUCACGGUAGACGAGCCAGACACCCAUGUACUCAAUUUCUACCUACCUGCUGGAUUUGAACAGCUUCUCAUCGCAAUCUCGCAUCCCGCGAAAGAGCGUAAGCCGCCGCCUCCUGAGCUUAUUGAGGAAAUGAUGCCUUCACCGUGGCUAGCGGAGAAGCUGGCGGCAGACUACGGACAAAUCUCCGUGCUAGGCAAUCCAUUUGUUGACAGACCAGAUCCAGCGAAGAUGCUCACUAAGCCGACGCCAAGUGCGAAGCUGUUCCCAUUCACUGCAAAUGCUAGCAAUCUUGAGAAGAUCACGGCCAUGGGAGGUCACUGGACAAUACUAGCGGAUGGAAAGCAGACUGGAGGCUGCUAUUGUCUCUUGGAGGUCAAAUUUCGCACAGGCAUAGUCAUCGCUCCCCGUAUUUACAAGGAAAAAGAUGAGAUGAUCUACGUGUUGAACGGGAACAUGUCAUUUCUGCUGGGUGAUCGGGUCGUCAAAGCUGGUACAGGCUCCCUGGUAUAUAUCCCUUCUGGUACGGUUUAUAGUGCUCGGGUCGAUUCCGAGGAAGCACAUUGUCUCAAUCUUCACACAAGGAGUGGCUUUGAAGAACUGGUCCAGUUUGUUGGCCGUCCGGACGUGAAAGGACCUUCGACACUCCCAGAAGAUUCUCAACAGAAGAGCUCUGAUGCAGCAGUUCGUGCCCGUCUACUUGACACGAUCGGGUUGCAAGAGCUUCUCGUUCCUGAUGUUCUCUAG